UAUGUGUGUGUAUGCAUAUGCUCACCUGCUCUCAGAUCCUCAAGUUACAUUUCGUUGGGCAACCUCUUGCAGUUUCGCUACUUGUUAUCAUCCUCACUUGUCAAAUUAUGGGAAACGCCCCAUCCAGUGCCAUCGUCGGUGUUGCUGCUGCGACUUUUUCUGCCCUCGGGGCCAUCCGAGGCAGGAGAAUUGAAGAUAACCCAACAAUGAUUUCUAUUGACGAACAGCUCCGGAGAGCAGAGGCAGAGCAGGAGGAAUCUUUACGUCUCACCGACCAGUUGGAGAAAGAGAAGCAGGAGCUAGCUGAUAAGGCCGCAAAGCAGCGAGAGACAGCAGAGAGGGCAGCUCAAGCGGUCGAAGAGCUGAAGAAGAAGAAGCAGCAACAGUUGGAUGAUAUUAGAAAGGAGCGUGAGGCAGCUCGGAGGGCGACUCAAAUGGCCGAUGAGAUGAAGGAGCAAAUACGGAAGAAGGACGAAGAGAUGAGGAGGAUUCUAGACGCGCAGAAGGAGUUAGAGGCAAAGUGGAAGAAAGGGAUUCACCCGGUCGAGUGGCCGUCUAGAGAACAGUACGAGGAGAACAAACGACGAUUCUACAAGGAGGGGAAAAUUCAUCUCGCCAUUACUGGGUCAUCAGGAAGCGGCAAGUCUUCCUUGGUGAACGCGGUACGAGGUCUCUGGGACGACGACGAGGGCGCUGCUUCUACCGAUGUCGUUGAAACCACCUCAGUUGUGACUCCCUAUCCCGAUCCUGACCCCGCCAACCCUUUCAUUUGGUUCGAUGUCCCGGGCGCGGGAACACUCGCUUGUCCUGAUUGGACUUACUUUAAUGAUCAAGGCCUCUACAUUUUCGACGCUAUCAUCAUCCUAUUCAACGAUUGCUUUACGGCCACAGACCUCGCAGUUCUUCAGAACUGUGCACGCUAUAUGAUCCCCGCCUACAUUGUCCGCACCAAAUCUGACGUACACGUUGCCAACCUCGUCAGUAAAAAACAGCGGAAUGCUGGUCGGAAGGCUGAUCUUUCGAAGAUCACCAUGGAGGCUCGUAAGGAAUACGUCGCGACCUCGCAGAAAACUGUCAACCUUAAUCUGGCCAAGAACGACCCUCCUCUUCCGUUACAGAAAGUGUAUGCUGUCAGCAGGGAUACGCUUACGCAUAUUGUCCGGAGGGAAUCAGAGGACCUCGAAGACUGCAUAGUCCUCGAUGAACACGAGCUGCUGAGGGAUGUACUUCAAGACGCGUAUUGGCGACGCUCGAUGAAAUCGAUUCCGCUUCAUCCACGAUCUAGGAAGGAAGACCCCAUUUUGUUGUAAUUUUCUACGAAGUAUCCACUAUAUGUACCCUAAUCGCUGUCCAAGUGUGCCCUGCCGCCUAUCAUUCCGGAUCUUUGACUCACAAACUGCUCCUGGAAGCUCUGCUCUACGCCGAUCGUCAAACCUGUUCCCUCUUGAACAUCCGUGGUAAUUUCCAAUAGCACACCUUCACAUUACUCCCUAGGUUCAAGUGAGUGUAAGAUAUAGCCGGUCAUUGGUCAUGAAAGCGCAUCCCAAGGGUGUAUGGUUGUGGCCU